GGAGAGGAAAGCUUGACAUCGCUGAAGAAGAGAAGAGAGUUUACACGUGUUUCAGGAGCUCGCACGGAUUUAUCUGCUAUAACUGUCAACUGCGUGUUUGUGGAUCUUCAAACGGAGCAAAAAUGCCGAAGGUGAAAGCAGAGAAGAAAAGCAGGCAGCACCAGGAAGUCAGGAACCAAGGGAUCAUGUUCAACACCGGCAUCGGCCAGCACAUCCUGAAGAAUCCCCUGGUCGUCAAUAGUAUCAUUGAAAAGGCUGCUCUCAGGCCGACAGACGUGGUUCUGGAGGUGGGGCCCGGUACCGGAAACAUGACGGUGAAACUGCUGGAGAAGGCUAAGAAGGUGGUGGCCUGUGAGUUGGACGGCAGACUGGUGGCUGAGCUUCAGAAAAGAGUCCAGUGCACGCCCAUGCAGACCAAACUUCAAGUAUUAGUUGGAGAUGUAUUAAAAGCAGAACUGCCUUUCUUUGACGUCUGUGUGGCUAAUUUACCUUACCAGAUUUCAUCACCGUUUGUCUUCAAGCUCCUGCUUCACCGACCUUUCUUCAGGUGUGCCGUGUUGAUGUUCCAGAGAGAGUUUGCCAUGCGGCUGGUCGCCACACCGGGAGACAAGCUGUACUGCCGCCUGUCCAUCAACACACAGCUCCUGGCUCGUGUCGACCACCUCAUGAAGGUGGGGAAGAAUAAUUUCCGCCCCCCUCCAAAAGUGGAGUCAAGUGUCGUCAGGAUAGAACCGAAAAAUCCCCCCCCUCCAGUUAACUUCCAGGAAUGGGACGGCCUGGUCAGAAUAGCUUUCGUGAGGAAAAACAAAACACUCAAUGCAGCUUUCAAGUCAACUGCUGUGGAACAGUUGCUGGAAAAGAACUACAGAAUUCACUGCUCUGUGCACAAUGUGGAAGUGCCCACAGACUUCAGCGUCACCAAGAAGAUUGAGAGCGUGUUGCAGGAGGUCGAUUUCAGUGAGAAGCGAGCCCGGUCCAUGGAUAUCGAUGACUUCAUGGUACUGCUGCACGCGUUCAACUCCGCAGGAAUCCACUUUUCUUAAAUGGCAGAUGGGACAGACAUUAAGCUGCUUUUUGACUCCAGUCUCUAUGGGGGGGGGGGCGCGGCGAAGUGAGUGGGAAGACAAGGGACAGUCUGACUCCUCGUUCUUCUUCUGGAGAUUUGCUUGGAGGAACUGAAUUCCAAUGUUGAAUCACAAUGAAUAUGUAGAGGAGACAUUGAAAGAGCUCAUAUUGAGUUUUUACCCCGAUGACUGUUAACUUUUGGGCUGGGACAACUUUUGGCUGAUGGAGGCUGUAUAGGUUUUGUGUGUGAGUGUGUGUGCAUUUGUGUGUGAGAAUAUGAUAUCCAUCAAAAAUAAUCUGUAAUAGAGGAUUAUUCUAAUAAAAAGUACAACACAAAUGUAACCAACGA